AUGUCUGGAUCUCCAGAACCGGAGCCAUCUGCAGAGCCUCUGGGACAUCCUUCUCCUGUAGUGGCCGAGCGAGUACCUGUUUCGGAACUGUCGCAAGUGCCGGUCACCGAACCGUUGCGAUUGCCGGGAUAUAACGAGCAGGGACCGCUUUAUACUGGAUCCCCACGGCCGUUACCAGGACCACCGACAUAUCCACUCCCGGUACUGGACCCGACUCAUCCCACAGGUCGCUCACUGGCACAGAAAUCUACCCGACGGACCAAAGCUCAUGUAGCAUCUGCUUGUGUCAAUUGCAAGAAGAAGCAUUUGGGAUGUGAUCCAGCUCGACCUUGUCGAAGAUGUGUUCUUGCUGGAAAAGCUGUGAGUUUUUGA